AUGCCGGCUCGAGAGAACCAGGUCCUCGGACUGGCGGGACCGCACGAAGAGAAAGAAGAAAAAAACGCGCCCGACAACAACAACAACAACAACAACAACAACAACAACAACAACAACAAGAGGAAGAAGAAAAAGGGGAAAAAGAAGAAGCUUCGGUAGUUGAAUUUACCCCCGGAGGUGGAGGGCAAAGCGGAAGAAAAGGCGGUCCGCACCGCCGUCAGAUGCAUCACUCGCCGAGACUGAGGUCGACUCCCCAACCACCAUCGUCGAAAUCGUUACCGGUACCACAUCAGCCGAAAGUACUCGCGUUGCCGGUCCUACUGCUGUUGCUGUUGGGUUGUUGCACCGAGGAGUCGUUGGCGGCUAGUUGUGGCCUCGCCGAGAUCAGCUGCAAGGCCGGUCAUUGCUUGCCCGUCGACGCUUACUGCAACGGCGUCGAUGACUGCGGCGACGGCAGCGACGAGCCGGCACUUUGCACACCCUGCAACAGGACCUAUCACGGUCGCGAGGGUCGGACUUACAGGCUAGAUCUGCCGAGGCCGGCCGAGGGUAAGCUGCCCUUCCUCUGCCACUUGACCUUCACCGCCGGCGGCCACGGUCAUGGGGAACUCGUCCAGCUGCUGUGGGAUGCCUUUAGUAUCGGUCGACUCGACGCCGAGGCGGAGGACGUCACAGCCAGCUGUCCCGAGGGCUCAAUGCAGCUGGCUGAACUGGGGCGGCCGUUCACAGGCGGCUCGUGGUGCGGACCUGGAGAGGGCCGGGCCACGUACUAUAGCGAGACGAGCACCGUCACAGCGUCCAUAAGGCUCUUCUCGGCACCCCCGUCCGUCCCCUUCGAGUUUCGCCUGCGCUACAGAUUCGUGUCGCGACCCGAGGCCAUAGCCCGCCUGGGCAGCCUCGAGUCUCCGAUCGAGCGCGGCUCACCCGUGCCGGGGACCUACUGCUCGCGCAACUUCUACGAGUGCUACCAGAGGACCUGCCGGGUCCAGAGUCCAAAUUACCCGGGCGAGUACCCGCGAAACGCCAGCUGCCUCGUCACCCUCAGGCAAAAGGAGGUGCCCACCUGCAAGCAUGCCAUGAUGUCCGUCAAGUCCUCGAGCUCGGCUGCCUCUGGACUCCUGUUGAGCAACCACACCGCCCAGGGUCAACUGACCGUGUGGCAAGAGUGCCCGGAACACAAAGACCGACUCAUCAUCAGGGACGGCUCGAGACCCGAGGAUCCGGUUUUGCUCAUCUACUGUGGUGGACUGCUUCCGAGGAUCACCGCCAGGGGGCCAGCUAUGCUGCUCGAGUUUCGCAGCUCGGCCCAGGCCGUCGCCCUUGGGGCUUCCGCGCUCAGGCUCGAGCUUGAAACACAGGUCGUGUACGUGGACUCGGACGGUUUGGAUUACGCGCAGACCCCGACCGGGUGUUUCUUCAUAAUAAACGGCACCGCGAGGCGUAGUGGUCCAAUGAGGGCGCCACUGCACGCCCUGCCACCCGGCACCAACUGUACCUGGAACAUCAAAGGCGCCGCCGGCGACCGCAUCUGGCUGUACUUUGCUUCCUACUGGCAGCGUGACCUUCGAGGUGGCACAAGUGAGCCAAGCACGAGUACGAGCAACUACUCGGCCCUGCCGUUGUCCCAACACCAGAUGGACUCGCAGCAUCAGCCACCUGAAUCAGCGCCUUGUACCGUCAAAUUGACUCUCUGGGACGGUGCCCCGGCCACCGGCCAACCUCUGGCUGUUCUGUGCGACGAGUCGCCCAAACUCUGCGCCCACGCGGCACUGAGAAACUCGACCCGUACUACCAGGCCCUGCGGACUAGACGAGAGCUACUUGACCCAAGCGCCUAGUCUUACCGUGCGCAUGGAGACUGUUAUGGGCACUGCUCUCAACACCGUCAGUUUUAACGCGCGUUACGAGUUCAUUUCAACUGUGCAAGGUGGGGAGCAAUGGGGAGAGCCCAACCUAACCUGUUCCCGGCUCUACCGGCGUAUGAAAGCCGGCGUAGUGAGCUCCCCGCGUGACCUGCGGUUCUUCGGUCGAGGAGGGGCCCGGCGCCUGGACUGCCGCUACCGGAUCGAGGCAGCAGCCGGCGAGCGCGUCAAACUGACGGUACACAACGUAAGCCUUGGAGAAUUGACGGCCUGCAACAACGAGCCUGACCCACACAGCGCGAGGCCUCGCUGCGUACCCGAGCCAGGCAGCAGGGAAGCUCGGUUGAGCAUCUACGAGGCACCCUGGAAGGACGUCAGGCUUCCCAGGACUUGUCUGUGCGAUAACACCUCGGCCCUGCUGCCGAUGGUGCACGUGACUUCCGGUAGGGCGUUGGAGAUCACGUUUUACGUUGACGCUAUGACGCCCGACGAGGACUUUGAGAGCCUAUACUUUAACGCCACCUUUGAGCUCGUCAGGGCGCCCGAGUGCUCGAGGAAGCAGCGCGUUAGAGGAGAAGGUGGCGAGCUUCGCUUUGUCUCACCGCCGUUCUCUCGGCCCGACAUCUACUGCGACGGGCUGCCGUGGCUGGUCGAGGCUCGCGACAACCGCUCGCUCUUCCUCCUGACCUGGGGCUGGCUGCUGCCGCUGGACCCGAAUGCCGCGGCCGACGCCGGCGAGCCCGCCAAGUGCCCGACGAAAAAUCGAUUGCUCCUCUACUCGGGCUGGCCCCUGAGGCUCCGAAAAGUCAUCUGCCCCUCCGAGCCCGAGGUCAGGGAGUACACUGUCCACGUUUUCUCGGAGGAAUGGCUGGGAGAGGACACCGGCACCAGCUUCCCCGGGCCAGUGCGCUCCCCGGCGAUGCUGCUCGACUUUGUAGCCCGCGAGCAGGGCCAAGCAGCCGUGUCCUGGCUCGAGAUCUCCAAGAGCCGCCAAGCCCGGCGCAGUCAACUUCUCUUCGAAGCGGAAAACGGCAGUCUGACGCGCGACUGUCCGCACAAGUGUCCCGAGCUCGGGGCCUGUAUAUCGGCGAGUCUCUGGUGCGACGGCCACGUGCACUGCCCGUCGGGCCACGACGAGGCCAACUGCGGCAGCGGUGCCAGGCUCCUCGGGCUUUUACCCUCGGCCAUGUGGCUCGUCAUCCUCAGCUGCAUUGGCCUCGUCAGUGUCUUUGGCUGUCUCAUAGCUACGAUCGUCAGCAGGUAA